GGAGGAGGGAACUGAAGCAGGAAGGAAGGCAGGCAGAGAGGGAAGGGAGGGAGGGAGGCAGUGAAUGCUAAUAAGCUCGUCGUAAUCAUCUCGCUGUUGUAAAGGUAGGGUUGGAGCAAACCUCCUGGAAUGGAAAGGAGCGGCGGCCGCUGCUGAAGGUUGUAGAAUGCGCCAGAGCCGCGUCCGCCCUGCGCGCCCGCAGCUCCGCGCCUGAGCCGCUCCACCGUCUUUUUACGCGGACUGAAAUGCAUCGAGCCUGCUCGGGAUUCUCAUUCUGACAAUGGAGAUUGAAAAUAUCGUGGCCAACACGGUUCUCCUCAAAGCGAGAGAAGGGGGAGGAGGGAAGAGGAACGGCCGCAGUAAGAAGUGGAAGGAGAUGCUGAAACUCCCGCACAUCAGCCAGUGUGAGGAGCUGCGCCGCACUAUCGAGAGGGACUACACCAGUCUGUGUGAGAAGCAGCCCAUCGGCCGGCUGUUGUUCCGUCAGUACUGUGACACCAGGCCAGAGCUGAAGCGCUGCAUCGACUUCAUGGACGCCGUGGCCAUGUACCAGCUCACUCCUGAUGAGAAGAGGAGGGACAAUGGACUGAAUGUUUUAGACACAUACUUUAACAACGGGUCGGCGGCCCAUCUGCCCGACAUCCCGCAGGACGUGGUGGCUUCGUGCCGCGAGAGGCUGGAGCAGAGUCCGUGUAAGGAGCUCUUCAAUGACUGCACCAAAAUAGUCCGUGAUUACCUGAGCGGAGCUCCGUUUUCUUCCUACCAAGAGUCCAUGUACUUCUCUCGCUUCCUCCAGUGGAAAUGGUUGGAAAGGCAACCAGUAACCAAAAAUACCUUCAGACAUUAUAGAGUACUAGGAAAAGGUGGUUUUGGUGAGGUUUGUGCCUGCCAAGUCCGUGCCACCGGUAAGAUGUACGCCUGUAAAAAGCUGGAAAAGAAGCGAGUGAAGAAAAGAAAAGGUGAAGCAAUGGCACUAAACGAAAAACGCAUUUUAGAAAAAGUUAACAGUAGUUUUGUAGUUAGCCUAGCAUAUGCCUAUGAGACCAAGGAUGCGCUGUGCCUGGUGCUCACCAUAAUGAACGGUGGUGACCUAAAGUUUCACAUCUACAACAUGGGGAACUCUGGCUUUGACGAGCAGAGGGCCAUCUUCUACGCUGCAGAGAUCUGCUGUGGCCUGGAGGACCUGCACCGCGAGAGGAUAGUCUACAGGGAUCUGAAACCUGAAAACAUCCUCCUGGAUGACCGUGGACACAUCCGUAUCUCCGAUCUGGGGCUUGCUGUUCAAAUCCCUGAGGGGGAGACGAUACGAGGGAGAGUGGGUACUGUGGGAUAUAUGGCUCCGGAGGUGAUCCAGAAUGAGAGCUACACCUUCUGUCCUGACUGGUGGGGUCUUGGCUGCCUGGUCUUUGAGAUGAUCCAGGGACAGUCGCCCUUCCGCAAGCGCAAGGAGCGAGUGAAGCGGGAGGAGGUGGACAGGCGGGUGCGUGAGGACCAGGAGGAGUACUCCGACAAGUUCUCUGAGGAGGCGAAAGACAUCUGCAGACAGCUCCUGGCCAAAGACCCCAAGGAGAGGCUGGGCUGCCGGGGCUGCGGGGCAGUGGAGGUCAAGCAGCACCCCAUCUUCAGAAACAUUAACUUCAAACGGCUGGAGGCCCACAUACUGGACCCCCCCUUCGUCCCAGACCCUCGAGCCGUGUACUGUAAGGACGUCCUGGACAUUGAGCAGUUCUCCACUGUCAAAGGCGUGAACCUUGACCCCACAGAUAACGACUUCUACCACAAGUUUGUCACGGGCAGUGUCUCCAUCCCCUGGCAGAAUGAGAUGAUUGAGAUGGAGUGCUUCAAAGAAAUCAACGUCUACGAGACAGACGGGACGCUGAGCCCGGACCUGGACAUGAACCGACCCAACCCUCCUCCAAAGAGAGGCUUCUUCUACCGUCUGUUCAGAAGAGAGGCAAGUGCUAGCGCUGCUGCGACUGUCCGAGGGGGUGGGGGCUAAGGUCUGUAUUAAGAGCUCUUACAGUGACGACGAGAUGGAGCAGCCCUCAAGACUGUAACCACUCCCUCCACCCACACCGCUUCACCACAAACUCCAACCCAAUCUUAGGAACUCAGUGAAUGUCAACCUGUAUUUAUGAGCUGUAUUAAAAGUGUAUUAUAGUUAAAGAAAAAAAGUAUGAGUUUAAAGAUUUUGUACAUUUGUACUUGAAUUUAUGUCUAGAUGUAUAUUUUCACUAAAGGUUGUAUUGUACAAAAAGCCAUAAAAGUACCACUUGAAUGCAUACGUAAUGUUUUUAUUUACUAAUGCGUUUUGGGGAGUUUAUUUUACGAAGCACAGUACAAGUAGUCUUUUUACGUUCCUUGAAGUAGCAGAAGGCCUUUUUUGUUUCCUGUCAGCUGUUUGUUUGUCAUUCACUUAGCCAAAGCGACAUGUUUUUAGCACAUAACCUCCACCUGAUCCCUGACUAACUCUUCGCCUCCGUAGGCCUCGUGGCUCAGGUAGAUCUAAAUGAAGCAUGUACUGUAGAUACAACCGGGAGGAAUCCUGCCCAGUCUGUUUCCCAGACCUCAAACUGUUUUUCUCUUUCUUUAGAGUUCUCCAUUCUACCUAGAUCUUAAACUGGACUGCAUUGGUUGCAGCUUCCUCAGCCACUUCCCUUCUGCGAGAGAUCGCAUGAAUUCAUAUCUGACAAUCUUUUAGCCGGCAUGAGUGACUAACAAGGAUUUUUGUUGAUGAAAUAAAGUCUUUCAGAAGGUGGAUUUCCCCUGUGCUGCUGAGAGCUCAGGAUUCCUGACACAGUUUCCAUGUGGUUGGAAACACGAUGGUUUUUGUAAAUGUUUCAUUGUUCCAUCAUCACUGACCUUCCCCCCUUUGCUUUUGUUAUAUUAAUCAGCUCUUAUAUGCUGUGAGUUCCGUGCAGUGCAGAACAAUGCCCCUUAAACGUUUUUGAGUCAUUUGCUGCGAUGAAUCUGGGAGACACUAGCACGUACCUUCUUUGGAUCAAAACGUAGUUAGCUGCUGCAAAACCUUCUCUAGAGCACCUGGUUUAAACGGAAUGGACUGUGUCCAGGAGCAUGCUCACUUUGAUCAUGGACAGAGUCUUUCCUUCCAGUUAACCAAUCACAAUCAAUCUGUAGAUUUCUCAUUUUGUCCGGUGUUGAUUGUUUAUUUCUCUAGAAGCAGUUGCUGUUUACUCCCCACUGCUUGUUUUUAAUGCUGUGAAUACCCAUCCUGACCUGUUCGGAGGACUUUUUGACCUGUAGGUUACCGUGGCUUUGUAAAUCCCAACAUGAACGAUGCUCCACAAAAAAGCCUUUCAUCAGUGCAGUGGUAGAGAAUAGAUCUGGAUCCGGAAAGCGGAGAGGACUCCUCCACGCCACAGACUCAGAAGAGGAUGUUGUGAGCUCGCCUGCUGGUGCUCCUCCCACAAUCAGCCACAGGAUGUGUUGCUGGCUUAUGGCGUUUGUGUCCUGUUUUGGGAAAAAGAAUAAAACAUUUUUGUUUUUGUUCGCAGGCUUAUGAUGAAGCUGAUUUCCCUGGUUUAGAUUUUAGCCUUUUAGCCUCAAAAACCCUGUAAAUGACGUAUUUCUAACGUGUAACUAAGCUUGGUCAUGUAAUCUCUCAUUGUUUGAAAACCCAAAUAUCAGUGAAGAUUUAUAUUUGAUGUCUUUGCACUUCGAUUUGCUUUGACGAUGACCAUUGGAUGUGUCUUUAUCUGUUUUGCCAAAAUCACCAACCCUGCUUUGUUUAGGUCUCUGAAGUGUUUACUAAAGAAAGACUGACAGCCUUUACUCCACGUGCCAAUGACCCCCCCACCUGCUUUUUUUGAGACUUUCCGUCCACCAAGAGAAGUUCCUUCUUUCCUACAGAACCUCUGAACAACUCAAAUGUUUUGAAUGUCCGCACUAAGUGCAUUGUAAUGCCUCUUUUCUUCCUGCUUUGUUUUUGUUGAAGAUGAAUGUUCUUAUUAUUCCAGCAUGCAUCGGUUUGUUCAUCAUGCGUGUGUGAGUGAGUGAGUGAGUGAUGACCGUGCACCUCACCGCCAUCCGAGGACGACGUUGUGAGUGGCGGGGCGAGUGGCGAGUAUUCCUUUCCCUCAAUGCUGAGUCAAGCCACGCCCAAACGCUGGAUGGCGCUUGACAUCUGCAACUGCAAGCUCCUCUUCCUUUAGGUCACUUGAAUAUAGUUUGGGGUUUUGUGCCAGUACCAGUCGAGAGAUUCUGCAGGGUUUCUGUAAAAAUGUAAAAGUGACACUUUCCGAGGAAGGGAGGAAUAACAAACGGAUUCUUAGAGCUCCAAAUGGCCAUGUAACUUUGUUGUUUUCUUCUUCUUUUCUUCUCUUUUUCUUCCUUUAUUUUUUAAAUCUGUACAGACAUGUCAUUCAACCACUGCAGUCAUUGUUAAUUCUUGUAAAAGUUGUAUCACUGGUUGUUGUAUCAUAUCUGACAUUUGUAAUUAUGGAAUAAUACACUGCCAUUUGUAUAAAAAAUAAAACUUGUGUCUUGACCUA